AUGCGGAGGAAGUUUAAUGCUCCCCGACAGAAACGAGAUCUCCUCGGAGAGACCUUCGGUCCGGUGCUAUCUGAGCCGGCGCUGCCGAGGAGCGUCCUGCAUAACUACACGGCCCGAGAUGCCUCUGCAGAGACCUGCAGCUGCCUUAAUGGAGGCUGGUGUAAGGAAGGUGGUCUGUGUGACUGUGCCCAGUUCCAGGCCUUGGGGGAGCGCUGUCAGAUCAUUCCCAACAUGGGGCGGGACAGGGACGGAAUCUGCCGCUCCUGGGGACAGUACCACUUCGAGACAUUUGAUGGGAUGUACUACUACUUCCCGGGGAAGUGCUCCUAUAUCCUUGCCAAGGACUGCCGCCAGGCCGAGCCACAGUACACGGUGUGGGUCCACAAUAGCCGGGACUGCGAGGACUCGGUGUACUCCUGCCCUCGUUCGCUCAGCCUUCACUUCCCCAAUGAAGAGGAGAUCCACAUCGCAGGAUACCACGUCCACAAGGGGGGUGUCAGACUGAGUCUGCCGCAGACCAUCCACAACGUGUUCAUCGAGAGGCUGGCGGACUACAUCCUCGUGAAGAGCACGUUCGGUUUCUCUCUGGCCUGGGACGGCAGCUCUGGCGUCUACAUCAAAAUGACGGAAGAGCACAAAGGGCGUGCUUGUGGGCUGUGCGGGAACUACAAUGAUGACGGAUCGGAUGACCUCACCGCCAGCUACGGCGUGCGGACGGAGGAGACGGCCGAUUUCGGAAACAGUUGGCGCGUGGAGCUGCCCCGUGAAAGUCCCUGCGAGCCCGUUGAGGAGGACUUCCCAGGCCCUUGCAGAGCUGAAUCAGACAUGGAUGAUGCCACCGAGAAGUGUAGUGCCCUGCUGUUCUUCCCUUUCCUCUCUUGCCAUGAGAACAUUGACCCCAACCCUUUUGUGGCCAGCUGCAUUUCUGACCAGUGUGUGUCAGAUGAGGAGGAGACUUUCUGCAGGAGCCUCGUAGAGUAUACCCGUGCCUGUUCCCAUGUGGGCUACCCAGUGAGGGAGUGGAGGGACAGCUUCCCCACCUGUGCGGACAACUGCGAGGAUAGCUUUGUCCACAGAGACUGCAUCAGCUGCUGCCCCCCCACCUGCACCUUUGAGAAGGAGUGCCUGGGCACCAACCUGCACUGCCUGGAUGGUUGCUACUGCCCCGACGGACUUAUUCUGCAGAAUGGCACCUGUAUCGCUGUGUCACAGUGCCCCUGUGUCUACCAUGGCCGCGCCUACCCACUGGGCCAUGUGCUGGAGCAAGGUUGCAGUGCCUGUGUCUGCAUGGGAGGGGUAUGGAACUGCACGGAGAACAACUGCACAGCUGAAUGCUCCAUCACGGGACACUCUCAUAUCACUUCAUUUGAUGGGCGAAUCUUCACUCACAUGGGAACCUGUCAAUAUGUUCUGGCGAAGAGCCGGGGAAACAGCAAGUUCGUGAUCACCCUACAAAAUGUUCCCUGUGGUGAGGAGCACCCCUGCAUCCACUCAGUCAUGCUGGUGGUGGAUGAAGACAUCAACAGGCAGGUGACCAUAACCAGGGAAGGUGAAGUCCUUAUCGGAAUCAAUCAAGCAGCCAGCCUUCCGUAUGCAGACGACACGGUGGAGGUCCGCCAGCUGACUUCCCUGUUCAUACAGCUGAGGGCCAGCUUCGGCCUACGAGUGCAGCUAGAUGGGCGCGGUGGGCGUUUAUACAUCACGCUCGACAGCAGCUGGAAGGGUCACACCAUGGGACUUUGUGGCACUUUCAAUGGCAAUCUCCGCGACGACUUCCUGUCCCCAUCAGGUAUGAUCGAGGGCACACCCCAGCUCCAUGCCAACGCCUGGAAAGUCUCUUCCGCCUGCAUUAGCCCAGUCAAUGUGCCCAUCAUUGACCCCUGUGACCUGAACCAGGAGAACGGAUACUAUGCCUCUCUGUGCACCGUUCUGGUGGAGGAGCUGUUUGCACCUUGCCACUCGUACGUCAGCCCCAGCCUCUACUAUCAGCAGUGCCGUUUCCAGGCCUGCUUGUGUGGUGGCAGCUGCCUGUGCACCGCCCUAGCCCACUAUGCCUACGUCUGUGCCAAACAUCAGGUGGUCAUCAACUUCCGGGCCCAUGUGUCUGAGUGCGGUGUGGUGUGCCUGGGCGGCAUGAUGUACCACUCUUGCACCACCACCUGUGGAAGGACCUGCCACUCCUUGUCCACUGGGGAACUGUGCACCAGUGACUGCGCCGAAGGCUGCGGCUGCAGUGAGAACACCUUCUACGAUGACAUCCGCCAACGCUGUGUCCUCGCCUCUCACUGCCACUGCUACUUCAUGGGCUCAGUGUUCCAGCCUGGUGAGGUUUCCUUCAGUGCAUCCGGUCCCUGCCUCUGCAGGAAUGGGCGUAUGGAGUGUGUACCCGAAGAACGAGAACCUGAGCGCCGAGACUGUCCCCCUGGGAUGGUGUACUACAGCUGUCGGGAACAGCAUGGUGGCCUCUCCCGCCUAGGCCUGGCCUGUGAAGUCACCUGUCGGAACCUCAUGAUGAACUUCAGCUGCUCGCCAAUGACACCCUGCAUCCCUGGCUGUGGCUGCCCUGCUGGGCUGGUGAGACACAACGGCGAGUGCUACUUCCCUGAGAACUGCCCCUGCUCCUGGCUGGGACUGGAGUACUUACCUGGACAGGUGGUUUCCACACCUUGUUAUACAUGUGUCUGCCAUCGAGGUUUCUUCAACUGCACGUACUACCCCUGCCCAGCCGUCUGCACCGUCUACAGUGACCGGCAUUACCACACCUUCGAUGGCCUGGAGUAUGAUUAUGUGAGCAACUGUCAGGUGUAUUUAGUAAAGAGCAUCAAUGAGACAGAGAUCUCCAUCACGACCCAGAAUAAGGAUUGCUAUGAAAGUGGCAUCAUCUGCAUGAAGUAUCUUGUGGUCUACGUGGGGCUCACAAAGAUCUACUUCAGUGACAGCUCAGGCAAGCCGAGCUCCUCCACGGUGGUGGGGAAGGGAUAUGAGUUUGAGCUAUGGAGGGCUGGCUACUAUACAGUGGUCCAUUUCCCCAAGCAGGAGAUCACUGUGCUGUGGGACAAGAAAACCACCGUGCACAUUCGUGCUGGACCCAGAUGGAAGGACCAGUUGACCGGGAUGUGCGGGAAUUUUGACAUGGUCACAAUCAAUGACAUGACCACUUCCAGCCACAUGGAGGUCAGCAAUGCUCAGGCUUUUGGAGACAGCUGGGCCCUCGGUCAGUGUGAGAGUGACUUUGUGGUGCAGAGGCCGUGCGAAGGAGACCUGAACCGACAGCCCUACGCCAAGCGGGAAUGCGCCCUUUUGUACAGUGACGUCUUCUCACCCUGCCACAACGUGGUGGACGUGACGUGGUUCUACAAGAACUGUCUGACGGACACAUGCAACUGCAACCGUGGCGGAGACUGCGAGUGUCUCUGCACAAGCAUUGCUGCGUAUGCCCACAAGUGCUGCCAGCAGGGGGUCACCAUUCACUGGCGGUCCCCCACUGUCUGCUCCUAUGACUGCGAAUACUACAAUCAAGAGCUGGGAGAAGGACCUUACGUCCUGCUAAACGCUGCGCUCAAUGAAACCGUGGUGGGAGCCAACCUGACCAGUGGGGAGGUGUUCCCCUUGCCCAGAAUUGGUGCUCAGAGUGGGAUCCUGUUCAACUUCAUGGUCACAGCAGGCCUCUUCAAGGACAAGUUCUCACGUGUACCUGCCGUCUCCUUGGAAUCAGCUGAGAGACCCAACUACUUCCUGUGCGUGUCGGUGGGGUUUUCUGUACGCCUGGAGCGCUGGACCAGCACGGAGGAUUUCCGCCAGAGGGCCACCUUCAUCCACCACCAAGGCCUAUGGCUGCCGGGCCACUCCUCCUUCGAGCUGCAGGGCCAGAAAGGUGUCUUCCUCACGCUGGGCCGGGGCGGCGUUAGCGUUCAGGCCUAUGACCACUCGGAGCGCUUCAAACACAUCAGCAGCUUCGUCCUCGAAGAGAGCAGCUUCCUCAUCCCAUACCGAAUCAUGUGCGAGUGGAAGUACCAGGCGUGCGCCAGCCCGUGUCUGCGGACCUGCAGCGAUCCCAGUGCCACCCGGUGCCGGUUCCUCCCCCCGGUGGAAGGGUGCUUCCCACGGUGUCCCAGAAAUAUGAUUCUUGAUGAGAUCACAAGAAGAUGUGUCUACAGGGAAGACUGCAUUGUUCUCCCACCAACACCUACUCCUUACAUGUUUGUGACAAGAUCUAACAGAACUACAACAGUUCCCACCACCACGACCACCUCUGAACCCACCACAGUGACUGAGCCGCAAACCACCAGUGUUCCAACCACCACGGCUCUGCCCACCUCCCCUGUCUCCACCCUGCUGCCUUCCAGCAGCACACCACCCACCUCAAGCACCAGCCCCACCACGUCCGCUGUCACCGAGAGGACAAGCCCCCCUGUCCUCACCACCAGUGCUCCUCCAACCACUAUGGUGACCAGCCCGGCUCCUGAGACCACAUCCACAACAACCGCACGCUCCUCUACCCCAAGCCUGACGCCAACAACUUCAGCCCCUUCCACCACAGUGCCUGUCACAACACCGGCAUUGACCACCUUGCCCACCGAGGGGCCCACCAGCACCACAGUGGUUCCCACAACAACGCCGGAACACACAACCCCUCUCGUUACCACACAACCUCCCACCACAUCGACAGUGAGGACGACCAGCGCUGAGCCAUCACCCACCACCACAACGCAGGCUACAACUGCCUUCCCAACUACCCCUCCUAUUACCCCUACCACUUCUGUGGCACCCAUCUCCACCACACUUUUCACCACUCCCGAACCAGUGGACAUGACCACAGUGCUGCCGCCAUUUCUCCUGCCCACAGCCCCCUGCACCCCUCCGUUCUCGCACCGUGUGGAUGAAUGCAGCGAGUACAUCUGCUUCAAUGGGCAACUGAUGCUCCAUAACGCCUCCCUGCACUGCCGCUUCAACGUGACCCAACCCAACUGCGGCCUGCUGGGCAUGGCGGUUCAGACCAAUCGGGAUGUCUGCUGUCCCCAGUGGGAAUGUCCCUGUCGCUGCUCGGUGAUUUCAGACCUGCGAGUGAUCACUUUCGAUGGCAAUAAUGUGGCCCUCUAUGACAAUGGAUCAUAUAUUUUGGUCCAUCUUCCCAGAGAGAAUAUUGUGGGCCACAUCGAGAAGUGCCCAACUAGUGAGAGUGUCAACUCCAUCAGGCGACCUACAUCCACAGGCGGCACAUCUGGGCUCUGUUUUAAGAAGCUCAACAUCACCACACAUUCCUACAGGAUUAUGAUCAAUCGGUUGGAGAGAAAGGUCUCAAUCAACUUCAUCAACGCGCGGCUGCCUUUCACGAGGCAGAACCUGCACAUUGAUGACACUGGCACAAUGUACGUGAUCCGCACACCCGGUGGGGUCAGCAUUCAGUGGUACCACAGCACAGGCAUCAUGGUCCUGCAGUACAACGCACCCUCCAAUGCAACUUCUAGAACACGCGGGCUCUGUGGAUGCUGUGAUGGAAACCCAGCAGAUGACCUGAAGCUCCCUAAUGGCACUGUGGUAAGGGAUGUGCAGGACAUCCCAGUGUUCCUGCAGAGCUGGAUGGUAGACACUUCAGAGGAGACGGACUACUUCCGCAGGGUCGGCGACAACUGCACCACAGGCAACUGCACCAAGUGCUUCCAGAUGCUCAAUCGGAGCCCCUUCUCUGAGUGCCACAAGAAGGUCUCCCCGGAACAGUUCUGUGACAAGAUCUGGGCUGGUGACCUCCACUACAAAGACAACGAGUGUGAUUUCCUUGCUGCCUACGUGGCCAUCUGCUACACCCACAAUAUUUGCAUCAACUGGAGAACACAUGACUUCUGUCCCCUGAAGUGCCCCCCAGGUAAGGAGUACCAGCCAUGUGUGAACACCUGUCAGACGAAGACCUGCCAAAACAGGGAGUACUAUGAGGAGUCCACCUGCUCCUCCAUUCGGGAGGAGUGCGUGUGCAAAAGCGGCACCAUCCUUCACCGUGCCGACUCUGCCUUCUGCGUCACGGAGGACCAAUGCGUGUGCACAGACAAUGAAGGGGCCCCCCGAGCACCGGGGGAGGUGUGGAACGGAUCGGACAGGGGCUGUUGUCUCUACCGCUGUCUGGAGAACGGCAGCAUCGUGGCAGUGGAGCCUGACUGCAGCGAGCUGCCUGCCCCCCUCUGCGAGAGAGAGGGGGAGUAUGUUGUCGACAUUCUCGAGGAGGGUGCCUGCUGCCCCAAGAAGAUUUGCGAGUGCAACUUGACCAUCUGUGAGAGUGAGGCUCCUACCUGUGAGAAUGGAAACAGGCUGGUCAUUGGAUACAGUACCCUUUCCUGCUGCCCCGAGUACAGAUGUGAGUGUGACCCCCAGGCCUGUCCCUCGGUCCUCAUGCCGGAGUGCAGGGAGGACCAGUUCCUGGUGGAGGUCAGAAUGGAGAAGUCCUGCUGCUACUCCUUCCUCUGUGUGUGUGAGUCCUGCAUUGACCCCAUUCCGGUGUGCAAGGAUGGUGAGAUCCUGGCUGUUGAUCUCAACACCACGGAUCGCUGCUGCCCUCAGUACCACUGCGUGUGCGAUGUUAGCCUUUGCCCUGCCUCCACGGCGGAGUGUGUUCCAGGAACAGCCAUGGUCAGGAAGAACAUCCCAGGAAGAUGCUGCCCUGACUGGCAAUGCGAGUGCCAGUGUCAGAAUAACUCUUCCCCGUUAUGUCAAGUGGGUGAAAUUCAAACAGUGGACCCAAACUUCAACAGCACCUGCGGAUGCACCCAGUACAUCUGUAAGAAGGCGCCAGUGUGUCUGUUCCAGGGGGUUACCGUGCUGAGCCCAGGACAGUCCAUGGUGCAGUACUUUGAGGGAGACCUGUGCUACACUGUGCAUUGCCUACAUGAAAAAGACCCCGAGACAGGCUACUAUGCAAUGGACGUGUCCACCGUCAACUGCUCCGAGAAGUGUGGACCCCAUCAGAUAUACAUCCCUUCCUCAGACCCACAUGUGUGCUGUGGCUCCUGCAAGAACGUUUCAUGUCCUCACACGAGCGAGAACGGCACCACCGAGGUGUAUAUGGCUGGGAGCUCAUGGGUGACCAACUGCACUAGAUAUGACUGCAUGGAGACGCCCGUCGGGGCCGUCAUACUGGGCUCCCUCGUUGUUUGUCCACCUUUCAAUGAAACCGAAUGUCUUCAGAACGGCGGUGUGGUGCAGAGCUACAUUGACGGCUGCUGCAGGACCUGUUCUGGACUGGGUAUAUUACCAUUUACCAUUAGCCCAAUAACCCCAACUGGUAGUACUAAUUGUGACACAGGCAAAGAGGAUGGGAAAACGUGCAAAAGGGUGGCGAUCAGAACAACCAUCAGGAAAGAUGACUGUCGAAGCAGUGCCCCUAUAACGGUGUACUCCUGUGAUGGAAAGUGCCCCUCAGCCACGAUCUUCAACUUCAACAUAAACAGCCACGCACGCUUCUGCAAGUGCUGCAGGGAGAAUGGCCUACAGAGUCGCACAGUGCAGCUCUACUGCACACGCAACAGCACCGUGGUGAACUAUACCUUCCAGGAACCCAUGGAGUGCUCCUGCCAGUGGAACUAA